CCUCUGUGUAUUUGCAGCUGUCCAUUCGACCAGGUGAAGAUGUUCGAUGGUCUGAGACGCAUAUCUCCGUUAAUUGGGACUUACUGUGGCCAGCAGAGAAACCUGGUCAUAUUCAGUACGGGAAGCACUCUCCUCCUCACCUUCAAUACCCUUGAACGUAUCGCCGACACUCAAAAUAGAGGCUUCCAGGGAAUAUUUAACUUCUCCGAAAGUUACGUUAAAUUGGAUUUCAUCAACGUUCAAGAUUCCGAGCACAUUAGAGGGACAGAAUGUGAUCAACGUAUCUUGAGCAAGAAAGAAUCCAAUGGCACGGUUUAUAGCCCUAAUUAUCCCUUUCCGUACUUGCCGAAUAUUGUCUGUAGGUAUUUCAUCUAUGGGCUCCAAGAUGCUCAGAAUUUGGAAAGAGUUAGGCUUCUAUUCUUUGACCGAUUUGAUAUACCAGCAGAACCCAAAGGAGAUAAAAACUGUUCAGAUGGCUAUCUUAGAAUAUAUUUGAAAGGGCAGGAAAUGGAGAAUGCCUAUGACAGUCCGGACUUUGAAGUAUGUGGAAAGACCUUGCCUCAGACCGUGGUGUCGGCAGGUCCAAGGCUUGUCAUGGUAUUCAGUUCGGGAAAAUACCAGGGUGGAAGAUUUAAAGCCCAUUACAAAUUUGAAACUGAAUACAAGAUACCAGGCACACCAUCUCCAGAUGGGAAAUGCAUUUUCACCUACUAUAGUUCAAGUCGCAAAGAGGGGAUCUUCAACUCGCCCCGGCACCCUGCCAACUACCCGUCCAAUACCACCUGCGAGUUCACUUUUCAAGCCAAUCCAGAUGAGCAGGUUCGGCUGGCAUUUAAUCAGUUUGAGCUCAGCAGUAAAAAAAAUAACUUAACUUAUGGAAAUCACUGUCAAGCAGAUUGGGUGGAAAUAUAUAAUGUAUAUAGACCAAUUGGGUCUGAUGUUGAACGAGAGAGAUUAAAUGGUCGAUACUGUGGAUUGGCAGCUCCUGGUCCUAUAGAGAGUGAACGUGAAGCAGUAGGUCUUCGUGUUGUACUCAGAACUGACCAUGAGAAUGUCUAUAGUGGCUUCGAAGCAAAAUAUCAGUUUAAAACUAAGGAAAUGUUGUUUAGAGAUUGUGGUGGAAACAUCACCGAUGAAGAGUAUGGAAUCAUACAUUCACCACAUUGGCCGAAUAAAUACGAUGGGCCAGACCCUGAUCGGGAGGGUGGAGCACUCUCUUGCACUUGGUUCAUUCAUGUUCGAGCCUAUCACAAAAUUUUACUUUGGCUUCAAUCAUUUUCUGUUGAAGGAAAUCCAGAAGAGAGAGGAUGUCCAGCAGCUGUCGUUCGUGUUUGGCCAGAUUUGGAUAAAGUACCAAUUGAGUUGUGUGGUGAAGGAUUGAGCGACGAUGCCUCCAUAAUAAUCUCAAAAUCCUCUUUAAUGAGAGUGGCCUUCUUAACUGCUGAUAAAGCUGUAGGAGCCAAGGGAUUUGAGGGCAUUUGGACAGAAAUUCAGGAUAAUUUCCUCCCUUCAGGCCCAAAAUGUGAACAGUUCCUGUGCUCGAAAAACAACUUCUGCAUAUCGAAGAAUCUUCUGUGCAAUGGAGUACCAAAUUGUGGUGUGGGUGAUCUCUCAGAUGAAGACAAUUGUGUAAAAGAUCCAGUAGUAAAUGUAUUAAUGUUGGUUGGUGUGGGCCUGGGCAUCUCAUCAGUCCUCCUCAUUGUGGUAUGCAUCUGGUGCCACCGGAAACACGUGAAACGGCGGGAGGACGGCGCUCUUCCUCAUCAUGUGCACGUGUGUGAACGUGGGGCACGAUUUGCCUCAGUGGACAGUGUAGGCCACAGCGGGUGAUCGCAGCUUGUCACCAGUACUGGGAGCUCGGCAGGCUCACCACCUCAGCCGCACCUCAUUGCGAACGGAAACAGUCGUCUGAGACUACGCCCAGCACCACCCCCCUUGCGGGCUAUCAGCCUCAGGGAGUGGUGCUGAGGAAUCUCGAACACCUACACCUACUGUUUCAUCACACCAUGAGCUCUUAAUGUACUGAGCUGGGUGGAUCCAAAGGAUGUUUUAAUGGAUUGCUGAUGAAACCUAGGUCCACAUAUACAGUACAGUAUUAAAAACUGCAGAUGUACAGUAUCCAGAGGGUCAAACCUCAAUCUUGUACUGAAAAAGUGAUAUGAUAAUGUUUUUAUUUUUUGUUUAAGAAAUGUAGCAGUGCAUCAGUUACAAGAAAAAAACUAAUUUAUAGAUCUAAUAUUGUUAUUAAUCCAAUAAGUUCUGUUUUGUAGUGUUGCAACAAUGGAUGUUUAGAGAAAACACUGACUCUAUUUUUCACAUUAACUGCUACGAUAGAACUAUCAGCCUAUUUAAAAGGCUUUUUACAGGUGCUAAAAUGAGUGGUGCGACUAUCAGCUGUGGUUUAUGAUGCAAUGGCAAUCAGUAAUUUUAUUAUGCUAAGAACUAAGUAUGAUUUUAAUCAUACGUGUAAAACUAUAAGCUCUCGUGCCAUACCGUGACAGUACACUGUACAGUUUUCUAAUAUGUAUUCUGGAAACUGAAAUAAAAUCUUCUGAACAGAAAGUAUACACUUGAACUCCACAAUUGGAAACUGCAGCAGAUUCCAAGAGGAAAUAGGAGACUGCUCCUUUACGCUUGCAAUUUGUUAUUGGAAAAUAUUUUUUGUAUUACUAAACUUCAGUGACAAAUCAUUUGUUUGCUUUUGAACUCAUAACAAAACCCUUUGAAUCCAAUCUUCAUGGUGACAAAUGAGCAUUAAGUGAUGCUUAACUGUUACCUGAAAGCGCAUUACCUGGUACAGUAUUUAUGGUGCUCAUUUGGUUAUGAGAUCGCCAUUGACUUUAUAGACGUGUGCUCAAUAUCAGAUAGGAUAAGAGACAGUCUAGUUGUUGUGAUGUUAAGAGAAUAUUUGUUCUGAUCCCCCUUUUCUUGUUCAUAACUGGUGUUCAGAGACCUGUUGCCAUUUUCUGCACAUCUGUUUCAUCUGUGCUUUUUGCAGUAGUGAGGCAUGGCAGUCUCUUCUUUGCUUGUAGAUUCAUUAUAAAUAUUCCAUUUCAAAGAUAUGGCUUUGUGCCUCACUACUUGUUUAGAACUAGUCACAGUUUUGUUAAGGUUACUUUACAUUGUUUGUAAUUGGUUAUGUUAUUUUAACUGGUUAAAUUCCAUAGUAUUUAAAUCUCCUUCUUGCAACAGUUUAACCAGCUGGUAAUUCUUUAUAGACUAGAUUCUCCAUCUAAAAGAAUUACUACUGCUUUGCAACUUAUCAUUCCCCGAACCCACAUAAAAAUUCCAAACUCUGAUGUUUGGACACUGGCAGAGUCAGGUAGCCAGCUCUUGGCUGAAGCUGCUGGUAUAAUUACUAUGGUCUUCCUCCUGACAUGGAAUCACGUGAGCAAGGACACCUUAUUGAUUCAUGGCCCAUGUCUUCACAAAUUUAAAGCGGGUUUAUUGGUGUACAUGGCACAAAUGUGGAUUGGCUGCUUUGUGAUGUCAAUCAGAACAAUGUGUAGAAUACUGUAAUAAUAUGGAAGUGUUUUUUCCAUAUUAUCUACAGCUACAAAUAAAUAUAAUUGUCAGGAUGUUCCAGCACAAACUAGAAAAGAGGUGUCUGCUCUGCAUUUUGUGAAAAUUAUUUAAUGAUUUUCCAUGAAUAUUUUUCAACUACAAUACUUCAAUGCCAUGCAAAUGUUGUUGUGCGUGUGUGUGUGGGUGGGUGUGUGUGCUUGUGCGUGCGUGUGAAAUCAAAAGUGAGCAUUUUCAUAUCAGAAUGGAGACAUUUUCAGACUUAACACAAUGGAGAGAGAGCCAAGGGUAGUAAGGAAGAUAACCAAAACAAUAUUGCUAACUACCUAUUAAACAUAAACAUGGGUGAAAAUGCAAACGAGGGAAAAUUAGAAGUACUGUACUGUAAUAAAACAAGGAACGAUGUAAAUUUAACACAAAACACACACACGUCUCGAUAUAAAAAUAAAUCAUUCUGAAGCAAUUUGAAAAACAAGCACUGGGCUCCCAUAUACUGUACUACCAUAAGCAAAGGCCAAAACUGGCUAUUUACACGAGAACUGACUCACAAAAUUGAUGAUACUCACACUAGGGUCCCAAACCAAUAUCAUACAACCACCACAAAACAUGCUAUCACAACACGAUCAUCAUCAGGCUACAACAUUACAGCACACGCAUACCACACCCACCAUAAUACAUAACAUAACUGAGGAGCAGCUAGAUGACAAAAGAGAAGGCCUUAUAAUGAUCAUAGGAAAGAUUAUUGUAAAAAACGAUAAGGUUAAAUCAUAAUGUUGAUACUUAACAACUUAAAUUUUAAAUCAACACACCGGGAAGCGUACGAAGCAAGAACAGAGACCAGACCGCCCAAUUUGAACUCUCAUCCUGGAGUUUAUGUAUCAACAUGUAAAACAGCCCACAAGAAUGAGAGGUGAUGCUCCAUCAUUGCUGGAUCCAGUAUUUACCAGGAAAGAGAGAUUUUACAUUUAAUUCCUUCCAUCACUGGGUAACAGUGCCCAAUAACCUUUUGGAAAUCAAAUAUACAAUGAAUUAUAAUUUGGAAGAGAUUGGAGAAAAGGAAAUAGUGGAAAAACCUGAUUUAAAGAGUAAACUAUGGGAAACUUGGCAAGUUAUAUAAAAAAAAAUUGAUUGAAAAGAAUCAUUUGUUAGGAGAGGAACCAGAGUCGAAAAUAGGGAAGAUUCAUGGAGAAAAAAAGGAUGUGUGUGAAACACUAAAUGAAUACUUCCAAAGUGUGUUUGUGCAAAAUGUUUUCAGAGAACCAGACAACACAAAUCACAGAGUACAUAGAGGUGUCUUCAGCCAAAGUGGAAAAAAUGCUAAAAGGGCUUAGUAGGAACAAAGCAGUUGGCCUAGAUGGAGUUUCACCUUGGGUACUGAGAGAGUGCACACCUGACCUCAGCAUUCCAUUUCAAUUGAUUUUACAGGCACCUCAGUAUACAUUUUUUUUUUUUUUUAGCAGGGAUAUUCCUGCGUGGGCCAUAAGCCUCUAGCUGGCCCACUAAUGUAUACAGUUGAUAGCUAUAUGGAAAAAGAGCUAACACAGUUCCAGUCUAAAAAAAAGUGGCAGCAGGGAAGACCCCCCUUAAUUGUAGACCUAUAUCAUUGACAAGUGUAGUAGUCAGAAUAUUGGAAAAAAUAAUUAAAACCAAAUGGGUAGAACACCUGGAGAAAAAUUAUAUAACAACAGACAGACAGUAUGGUUUUUGAUCUGGAAGAUCCUGUAAACAAAUUUACUUAGUUUCAAUGAUAGAGCCACAUAGAUUUUACAGGAAAGAGAUGGUUGGGUUGAUUGCAUUUAUCUGAAACUAAAAAAUGCCUUCAACAGAGUCCCACAUAAGAAGUUGUUGUGGAAACUGUAAUAUACUGGAGGAGUGAUAGGGAGGGUUCCAAGUAAGUAGAAGCAAUGGAAUUUGGAAAAGCUACGGGUGGCAUACCACAGGGUUCAGUUCUUGCACCAGUAAUGUUUGUUUUCCACAUAAAUGGAAAAGAAAAGAAAAAUCCAUAGGAGCAUAUUACAUAUUAAAAGUUGAAUUUUUGUAAGCAUUAUUUUAGGCAAGAAAAUCCAUAGGAGCAGUGAUGAGGUUUCGAGCCUGUGCUGUGGGUGUUCCCACGCGCACACUUCUGGCGACUAUGCCACGACACGGUAUAAGGAUUGCAAAUCCUUGUGUGUUCAGAAGAACUCCAGGAUGCAAUCCUUAUACCGUGUUGUGGUCUGGUCGCUAGAGGUGUGUGCGUGGGAGCGCCCACCGCAUGGGUUCGAACCCUCAUCACUGCUCCUACUGAAUUCCUAACCUCUGAACUAAUCCCAAAUUUAAUAAGGUGACUGUUGUUAGGUGUAGCGUGCAUUGAGACGUUCCUAUGGUUAAAGUAACUUAUUAAUUUACUAACUCCGUUAGUAACUUAACAGUACUGUAGACAACCCACAACAAAAAGUACAGUAUAACUAUAGGAGAAAAACACAAGUAAUUAUGUCUAAAUAAAAUGUAUCCAUGAAAAACUUUA